UCUAUCUGGCAGGUCAACAAGUAUCCCGGUGACAGCAGCAGCUGUUCAACCAGAGUAAGUGUCCACAGCUCAGAGAAACACAGAAACGGGAUGGGGAGCUCCUGAAAAGUUCGUUUUUCGUCGUCUUAAAACACAAAACCUGAGGACGACAAACUUCAAACUUGUCCUAGAGCUGAGAGGGGUGAUGUCUCCGCUGCAGUUCUCCGUCUACUGGCGUCUCUCUCUCGUCUUCGUCUUCACCUCUUUUCUCUUCUUCCUCGACAUAUUCACGGCCGCCAUCACCGCCACCUGUCGCCAUGACAACGGCACCGACUCGGACACUUCGCGUGGAAUGUUGCCGUCGGCCGCGGAGAGCAACCAAUCACAGCCCGGGGAAGGCUCGGAGGGCGAAGCCGAUUGGAGCACCGAGAGCGGGAACCGAGACUCAGUGUGUGGUUGGACAGACUGGUUGUCCUAUGGUCAGACUCUCUUCAUGGUUGGUCUGCUGCUGGGAUCUCUGAUUGGAGGAGCAAUCUCUGACCGGUAUGGGAAGCGUCCGGUGCUGCUGGUGUGUGUGUGCGUGCACGCUUUGUGUGGCCUCGUGCCCGCCGUGCUUCCUCAGCCGCUCCUCUUCCUCGCUGUUCGUUGCCUGACAGGCGUUUGCUGCUGCUGCAUCAACAUCUGCUCCUUCAGCCUAGCAGUGGAGUGGACUCAGCCGUCCGCUCGGCUCUGGCCGCCGGCCUUCCUGCCGUUCUGUUUCAGUCUGGGGACGAUGGCUGGAGCUCCUCUGGCCUGGCUCAGCCCCACCUGGAGACACCUGCACCUGUCGCUGGCUCUGCCACAGCUGGUCUGUCUGCCGCUGUUCCUUUCGAUCCCAGAGUCUCCUCGCUGGUUGUUGUUAAGGAGGAGGAUGGAUGUUUUGGACCGUUACCGUAGCAACAGCCCUGCAGAUAAACAGUGUCUGGACCUGCUGUUGGACUCCACCUGGUCUGACCUGCAGAAAUCCACCGAUGUUCAGAAGGAAGAACCGCCUGGAGGCCACGCCCCCAGUGACAUCAUUCACUUGAGACAUCCGACCGUCCUGCUGCGACUGUUUAUCAUGAGCUACCUGAGCACAGCAUCAGCGUUAACAUACUUUGGCAUCUGUAUGAACAUCGGCUCGUUCGGCGUCGGCGUCUACUCCGCACAGUUCUUCUCCGGCCUAUCAGAAGCUCCCUGCCUGCUCGUCCCACUGGUUCGUCUGGGGCGACGACCAAUCAGCAUGCUCGCUCUGUUCCUGAGCGGAGCUGCCUGCUUCUUGUCGUUACUGCUGUCCAGAUACCACGGUGAGCCAGUGCUGGUGAUGAGUCUGGCUCUACUGGGAAAACUCUGCAUCCUGGCUGCCAUCUUCAUCUCUACACUGUACAGCAUCGAGCUGUUCCCCACGGUGGUCAGACAGCGGUGUGUGUCCCUGGUCAACCUGUGUUUCCGUCUCGGCUGUCUGGUCAACACUCUCGUUCCCCCCAAUCCAAACGGAGCGAUCUCAUUUGCUGCCAUGGUCGUGUACAGCAGUGGACCAAUCGUAGGCUGUGGCCUAUGCCUGUUGCUGCCGGAGACCAGCGGCGUGCCGCUUCCCGAUUCGGUGGAGGACUGUGACAGGCAGCCUCGGCCCCGCCCACCCAGCAUGGACGGCUUCUGGAGGACACGGAAGCUGGUGAGCAGCCAAACCAGGAAAACAGAGAUCCUCCCUGCUGAGAAAGACGACACACACACACCGAACACACACACAGGACUGAUAUGCACACACACAGUCUGAGUCUUAGUUUGUUUUGACUGUAAUGAUCAAAUAAAAUUUUUGUUUGUAUUUAGCUCUGGUUUAAAUUAAAGACCAAAAAUACUGAGGGAGCAUCAAAGUGUUUGUGUGUAUGUUUUUGUUGGAGAGAAGAAGGUGAAGCCACGUUUAUACUUCACACAGCAUAAACAUGUUGCAGGAUGAGAUGUCAGAUUUAUUUUCCCCUUCAGAUGAUGCUGGAGGAUUUUUAAGACUUGAAAGAAGUCACAUGUUUUAUUCUUAUGUUGUAUUUUUGUUAUCACUUUGUUCUGUUUUCAUCACUGUGGAAAUAAACUGAGCUGAAAUGCA